CCACUUUUGGCCCACCCCGUAUAUCUAGUGAGUAUAAUAAGCAGCAUAGAAAAUGAAUGGAUGGGCAAGAUAUGAAAUAUAUAUGGCGUCUUUUUAGUGAUGAUUUGUCCACGCGGUGAUGAUGAAGGGUUUUAUUGCAGGAAUGGGCGAUGGAAUGGACCGCAGUUUGGCUAUGACGCGUCUGUGGCUCUGCUCCUUGCUUGUGAGUCUCGCCUGCCGCCUCAGCCUGCAGCAGGAGGUGACAGGCACCCCCAGAGAGGCGGAGAUAAAUGACAACAUCACCAUCUUCACACGUAUCCUAGACGGACUCCUGGAUGGAUAUGACAACAGACUCCGACCUGGAUUGGGAGAAAAGGUGACAGAGAUCAAAACCAACAUUUUUGUCACAAGCUUCGGUCCCGUCUCCGACACGGAAAUGGAAUACACCAUCGACGUGUUCUUCCGCCAGAGCUGGAAGGACGAGCGUCUUUGCUUUAAGGGUCCCAUGAAGACCCUGGCGCUCAACAACCUCCUGGCCAGCAAAAUCUGGACCCCCGACACCUUCUUCCUCAACGGCAAGAAGUCCAUCGCGCAUAACAUGACCACGCCCAACAAGCUGCUCAGGCUGCAAGACGACGGAACGCUGCUCUACACCAUGCGACUGACCAUAUCAGCAGAGUGUCCCAUGCAACUGGAGGACUUCCCCAUGGACGCACACGCCUGUCCCCUUAAGUUUGGAAGCUACGCAUACCCGGUCUCGGAAGUGGUCUACACGUGGACGAAGGGGGCGGCCAUGUCGGUGGUGGUGGAGGAGGAGGGUUCCAGGCUGAACCAGUACCACCUGAUCGACCAGACGGCGGGGACGGAGGACAUUCACACUAGCCGAGGUCAGUACACCGUCAUGAUGGCUCACUUCUACCUGAAGAGGAAGAUCGGCUACUUUGUGAUCCAGACGUACAUGCCGUGCUUCAUGACCGUCAUCCUGUCUCAGGUGUCCUUCUGGCUCAACAGGGAGUCGGUACCGGCGCGCACCGUGUUUGGCGUGACAACGGUGCUGACCAUGACGACGCUGAGCAUCAGCGCACGCAACUCGCUUCCCAAAGUGGCCUACGCCACCGCCAUGGACUGGUUCAUUGCCGUGUGCUACGCCUUCGUCUUCUCCGCCCUCAUUGAGUUCGCCACCGUCAACUACUUCACCAAGAGGAGCUGGGCCUGGGAUGGCAAGAAGGCCUUGGAGGCCCAGCAGCCUAAACGCAAGGACCCGUUGGCGCUGUCCAAGAAGGCCAAUAACGCCCGCGCAGCCGCAGUCAACUACACGGCCAACAUCACCAAGGAUUCGUCCAUCGCCACAAUCUCCAACAGCACGUCCGUCCAGCUCAAGGAGUCCAAGGCCCCCGACCCCAAAAAGACCUACAACAGCGUGAGCAAAAUCGACAAGAUGGCCCGGAUCGUGUUCCCGGUGCUGUUUGGGACCUUCAACCUGGUGUACUGGGCCACGUACCUCAACAAGGAGCCGGUCAUCAAGGGAGCCGGAAGUGAGACACAAAGCCAAGCCCUUGUUCACUAAUUCGCCUUCUUCUUGCUUUCAUUGCAUGCAUGUUGCUUCCUGUUUCUCCUCUCGGGUCGGGGUGUCAUUGGGAAAAAUGAAAGGAUACCACUUUGAUAUUUUGUAAAGCAACACAUAUAGACAUGCUAAGUCAAGUAUAGGACAGCUUUGUCCUAUACUCUAGGUCAGGGGUCUCAAACUCAAUUUACCUGGGGGCCACCGGAGCUAGGUUCUGGGUGAAGCCGGGCCGCAUCAGGUUUAAAAAAAAAACCCAAAAUGCAUUUAUUAAAAACUGGAAGAAAAAUCAUAAAA